AAGUAAAUUCUCAUCUAUCUUCAAUUCGUUCUAUCAAAUCACUUGAAGAUAGCUAGCUUGGCUUAUUAUAUAUAGCUUUUUUCAUUCUUCACUAAAUAUAAUGGAGAUUGAAUCUUCCAAAACUGGGUUCAAGUACUCUUUGCCAAGGACAGUGAAGGACAAGGUGGUGGGCAUUGCCAAGAAUGCAACCAAGAUUGGAAAAGAUGACCCUAGGAAAGUUGUGCAUUGUGCAAAGGUGGGAUUAGCCCUCACACUCAACUCCUUGUUCUACUACUACAAACCCCUCUAUGAUGGGUUCGGACAGUCUGGAAUCUGGGCUGUCUUAACCGUGGUUGUUGUCUUUGAGUUCACCGUCGGUGGAACGCUUUCGAAGAGCGUGAACCGGGGGUGUGCAACACUUUUAGCUGUUUCGUUGGGGACGGGAGUGGUGUAUUUGGCUCAACUUUGUGGCCAUGAAGGCCAGCCCUUCUUUCUUGGCAUUGUGGUUUUCCUCUUUGCUGCACUGUCAACAUUCACAAGAUUUAUCCCGGGAAUAAAAAAGAAGUACGACUAUGGCGUUGUCAUAUUCAUCCUCACCUUCAGCAUGAUUACCGUCUCCGGCUACCGGGUGGAGGCGAUAGUGGAUAUGGCUUAUCAGCGGCUGGUCACGGUGGCCAUCGGCGGCUCCACCUGCAUUAUCAUUUCCCUUCUUAUUUGCCCGGCGUGGGCCGGAGAUGACCUCCGGGACCUCGUCGCCGGCAACAUUGAGAAGCUGGCGGUGUCUUUGGAAGGAUUUGGCAAUGCACAUUUUGGGUUGGGAGAAUGUGAUGAGGACAAAGGCGGCGGCAAGGCGGCGGCUGCGGCAGCGUUAGUUGUUGACUGUAAGAGUGUGCUUAGCUCCCAGGCCUCCGAGGAAUCUUUGGCAACAUUUGCAUGGUGGGAGAUCCGUCAUUGUGGCCUUACAUUUAAUCCUCCAUUGAAGCAGUACUUGAAGGUGGGACUUCUUGCUAGGGAAUGUGCUUCCCAUAUUCUCACACUCUCCAUCAUCUUCUCAUCAUUCUCUCACCCCCAGAAAGAAGAACAAAGAAUAGAGAUGGCGAGGAGAAUCAAAGAGCCAUGCAUGCUCGUAUGUUCCGAGUCAAGCAAGGCCCUCAGAGAGUUGUCAUCAACAAUCAAAACCAUGACACAUCCAUCGCCCGCCAUCGAAGCCCACCUCCACAACUCGAAAUCCGCCGUGGAUGAUCUCAUCGAGGCUGCGCUCCAAGCUUCCUCCUCCUCCUCCUCCUCCAUGGGAACGAACCUCCUCCUUCUUCACAUCGUCCCCGCUCUUACUGUCGCUUCUCUCCUCGCGGACCUCGGCGGUUGCAUCCACAAUCUUGCAAACUCCGUUGUCGAGCUCUCCGAGAAGGCACAUUUCAAGAAACACUCGCUUCAUCGUGGGACCGUGAAUCCGGUCCAAGAAGACGAGACGAUUGUUGUCGUGAUCCAAGGCGGCGGCGCGUCGCCCUCUCAAGACUCGCCGGAGACUGAAUCACCAAAUGUUGAAAACUUGGAUGUCCGAUAUGUGUAGGGAGAAAUCUCCUAACAAUUAAUAACUAGCUAGCCAUCAAUCAAGCAAGUGGGUGCAUGUAUAUAAAUUCUUAUUAGAGCAAGAAACUCUAGUAAAAUCUUUUAUUAAAUCAAAUAUUGUUUGAAUUGGGACUUAGAAUGUUUAAUGUAAUUUUUAAAAAAAACCUUGCUAUUUUUCAUGUAAAAUGAUUUGAAAAUAGUUUCAGUCAAACAUCGUAAAGCGCAAAGGAAAAAUAUACUACCUCCGUCCCGUGAAACAUGGGACAUUUGCUUUUUAGGAGGGAUUUAAGGGAGUGUAUUUUGGUAUUGAAUUUCCAAAAAUGUCCUUUGAUGUGAUGGGUAAAAGUAUGAUUUGAUGGGUAGAUUAUUAGUAAAAAGGUAUGAUGUGA